UUCACGUUAUUAUAUUCACAAAAACACAACAAAACUUUGGAAAUGGAAACCAACAUUGACUGACAUGCAUGUAAUUAGUGCAUUAUGUCAAUAAUUAAUUGAAACCUAAAGAUAUAUUAGUGGCUGUGGGAUCGACCGCCCUCAAUAUCUAUUAGCUAAUUAGAGCAACGAACAAUGAAGAUCGUUAAUACUUUUUGGAGGAAGAUAACGCAUGGGAAGGAUUUGGAUGAAGCCGGACCUUUGGAGAAGGCGUUCUUUGAAUCCGUAUAUCGACUCUCUUAUAUAACAGGGCUAUCGACAUCCGACGUCGAUAUCAAAUACACGAUAUACAGUAGCACGGUUAGGAUCCUGUCAGCUUUGGUAGUGAUCUGUGAGAUAUGGCGCGUGCUCGGCGACAACCUGAGCCUGGACGAAAUCAUCUCCUGCAUUAACGUCAUCUCUAUACACAUGAUCACUAUCUGGAAACUCAUGAUAAUGGUGAGCAAUAAAGACGUCUACAAGAAGCUGGCGAAGGCUAUGGAGUUUUCUGAUAUAUCUACAAGUAAUAGAAAGAAAAUAGUCGAUCGUUGGGUGAACACGCACAGGAAAUACUUGAAGGUGCUGAUGACUCUGUCGUGCCUCACUCUGGCUGUCUGGUACACCUACCCACUUGUCGAUGAAGUGGAGUACAACCUGAUAACAGAUGUGAAGGUGCCAAUAGCCUACCACACGCCCACGCGGUACGCAAUCACGUAUGUGGUGGUUGGGAUCAUGUUCAACUAUGCCUCGUUCCUGGUCAUCAUGUCUGAGGUCAUCAUGCAAGCCUACCUCAUACCCCUCAUCUGUCAAUACGCUGUCCUCGCUGACUGCUUCGAAAACUUACUUGAGGAAUGUGCUGUAGAGUUUGAAGGUAUCAAACAGGAUUUAUUAGUGAAAGACACGAAAUUCAAAGAAAAAUAUUUGGCAAGAUUAAGUGAAUUAGUGAGAAAACAUCGGCUUAUCUUGGACCAGUCCAUGGAUUUAAAAGCAAUACUGAGCGCUCCCAUGCUUGGGCAGUUAGCAUGCAGCGGCUUACUCAUAUGUUUCGUAGGAUAUCAAGCUACAACCACCAUUGCUCACAAUUUGGGCAAGUUCAUCAUGACGUUCCUGUAUUUGGGUUACAAUAUGUUCACGUUGUAUCUGAUUUGCCGAUGGUGCGAGGAAGUCACUGUGCAGAGUCAGCGUAUCGGCGAGGCAGCAUAUUUUUCUGGUUGGGAGAGUGGAAUCUCUCAAGUGCCGGGAGUGCGAGCUACCAUGAUCUUAGUGAUAGCAAGAGCCAACAAACCCGUCGUGUUCUUAGCAGGAGGGAUGUAUACUCUGUCGCUAUCCUCUUUCACAAAUUUGGUGAAAGCAUCUUACAGCGCUCUUAACAUACUGUUGAGAAUGAGCCAUGAAUAA